AUGUCUUCAAUAAAAAAUAUGCUCGCCAGACUAGCUCCAGUCGGGGCGACUGGUAAUUUUUACUUCUCCAAUGAUCUGAAAUGGGACGAAAGACCCUCACUUGAGGCAGAAAAUCUUUACUUUGCUGUUGGGCCCGUCGUGGGUCUCACCAGUUUCCAGUGCUACUACCCUAACAUGACCAGGAGAGGGCCGUUCCCUAUUAUCCUCGAGUACUUGCUCGCGGCUCAUAACAGAUGGCACUUGUGCCUAGACUCUGGGAACAUGCGGGCGCAGCUGAACAGCGAGGCGCACAGACUGUUCGACCGGCUCUGCGAGACCGUGGUUAGGAAGCGCUGUGUGCAAAGCGUAAAGUCAUACUAUGUAACGACUCUGACUUGGAGCGCACGAUCGCGUUACCGUCCGGCUUCGCUCCCACCGGCAUGA